AUGGAGGAACUGGCCAGGGAGAGCAUCAGCCUGCUGGCUCGCUCUGCCUCACAUGCAGACCCUCCGCAGCUGGGUUCGUUCGGGGCCGUGUUCAUCAUGUUGAAGACGGCGCUGGGAGCCGGACUCUUGAACUUCCCCUGGGCCUUCCAUAAGGCCGGAGGUGUGACGACAGCCAUCAGCGUGGAGAUGGUUUCUCUGGUGUUCCUCAUCAGCGGCCUGGUCAUCCUGGGUUACGCCUCGGCGGUCAGCAGACAGACGACCUACCAGGAUGUGGUGAGAGAAGUGUGUGGUCGAGCUGUGGGCCAACUGUGCGAGGUCUGCUUCUGCUUCAACCUCUUCAUGAUCUCGGUGGCCUUCCUGGUGGUGGUGCAGGACCAGCUGGAGAAACUGUGUCUCUCGCUGUAUGUGAUCAUAACUGGGUCAACUGAAGGAGAAAUGCCGUACAACUGGUACACCGACCACCGCUUUGCCCUCUUCAUUAUGUGUCUGGUCAUCAUCCUCCCCCUUUCUAUUCCAAAAGAGAUUGGAAUCCAGAAAUACACAAGUGUGUUAGGGACGCUGGCUGCUGCUUACCUGUGUGUGGCUGUGAUCGCCAAGUACUACCUGAUGGAGAGCCAUGACGAUGUCAUCAUCACGCCUCAGCACGGUGAAGGUGUCAGCUCAUGGGCCUCAAUGUUCAGUGUCGUGCCGACCAUCUGCUUUGGCUUCCAGUGUCAUGAAGCGUGCAUCGCCAUCUACAGUAGCAUGGACAACAAGGGGCUCAUGCACUGGGUGUUCAUCUCGGUCAUCUCCAUGUUUUUCUGUGUGGUCAUCUACACUCUCACAGGUGUGUACGGCUUCAUGACCUUUGGACGCGUUGUCGCAUCAGACAUACUGAUGUCGUACCCUGGGACUGAUGUGGUCAUGAUCAUCUCCAGAUUGUUGUUUGGUAUCUCAGUCAUCACCAUCUACCCCAUCAUUCUCCUUCUGGGCAGGUCAGUCAUCCUGAAUCUCGUCCUGCGUUUACAACGUCAUCGCGUGGGAAUCGUCACUCCAGCCUUUGAGAGUCGUUGCCGGAUCGCUCUCACUGUGAUCUGGAUCAGUGUGACCCUAGUCAUCGCCAUGUACGUGCCCGACAUGAGUGAGGUCAUCAGUGUCAUCGGUGGGAUCAGCGCAUUCUUCAUUUUCAUCUUCCCUGGUCUUUGCUUGGUGUUUAUCAUGCAAAGUGAACCUGUGACCCCGAGAGUCAAGUUGAUUUGUACAGUCUGGGGAGUCAUAACUGUCGUCGUUGGCGCCUUUAUUUUUGGCCAGAGCACAACCAUCGCUGUCAUGGAGAUAUUGCACAAAUUAUGAAUCUGAACUAUGGAGCCCAAUGGACCUCAGAGCGUGUUGUAUUCUGCUGUACCUUAGAGCCAAAAUCGUUUAU